GAGUAGUACCGGAUCGGCCCAUUCGCCACGAGAUCAUCCUCGAGGUCGGGGCUGUACCUCCGCGUGGUUGCAUCUACCGAAUGAGCGAGGAAGAGUUAAGUGUGCUACGGGCACAACUCGACGACCUUCUGGAGAAAGGCUGGAUUCGACCUAGCUCUUCGCCAUACGGUGCGCCUGUUCUCUUCGUCCGGAAGAAGAACAAGGAUUUGCGGUUGUGCAUCGACUAUCGUAAGCUCAACGCGCAGACGGUCAAGAACGCCGGCCCUCUCCCACGCAUCGACGAUUUCCUGAAGCGACUGGGCAGUGCCAAGUUCUUCUCCAAGUUGGACCUCAAGUCGGGUUAUCACCAACUUGAGAUUCGCCCGGAGGACCGAUACAAGACCGCGUUUAAAACGCGAUAUGGGCAUUUCAAAUGGCUGGUCAUGCCGUUUGGCCUUACGAAUGCCCCAACCACAUUCCAGGCGGCUAUGACAUUAGAGUUUCGACACAUGCUGGAUCGUUUCGUACUCAUCUACCUCGACGACAUGUUGGUGUACAGUCGGAGUUUGGACGAGCAUGUGGAGCACCUGCGCACCGUUCUGGAACGGCUACGACAGGCCAAGUACAAAGCCAACCGCGACAAAUGCGAAUUCGCGCGGCAAGAGCUGGAGUACUUGGGACACUAUGUGACGCCGCAAGGCAUCCGUCCGCUUGCGGACAAGAUCGAGGCCAUCCGCGUACAGAGUCAGGAGGGGUCUGGAGCUGACAGAAAGAUCUUUGAGAACGCUCAUUGCUUGCGAACAUUUUACCUGGACUUGCAUGUUGUGAAGAGAACGCUGCCGUUCAGGUGUCCACUGACCGUAGGGGGAGAGGGAUUGGGGCGGUUGUGGAACAUGGGCGAACAAGCACGGUGCUCUGAUUUUGGUGGUGGUGACGUUGGCAUGGCAUGUGUUGAUGCGUUGGAAAGCGGGAGUUCGAGAGUGGACGAUGAUGUUCUCGAUGGUCAUUGGGAUCACAAGAUGGGAGAUGCUCAGGGGGAGGAGCAUUUGGAUGGGGGACAUGCUCCUCACGAUGGUAGCAGUGGUGAUGCCAUAUGCUCUGUCCCCCCCGAGGAGGAGCAUGUAGGACGACAGGAUUCUCAGAAAGAGACCAAGGGUAACGCGGCGAUGGAUUUUGCGCUCCCAAACAGCAGUGGCACCACAUCCUCUGCAGGUCUGACGAAGUAUGGAGAAGGCCAGCAGGAUGUGCGGCAUGGGGUUGAUGGGAAUGUGCUGGUCACUUCGAGACCCACAAACAGGGGCGAGUCGGCAUGCAAUGCAACACCGACGCCGAUCAACAACGCAAAGAUGGUCGCGGAUGAGGGCGAUGAGCACACAAUUGUCCAGCUCCUGAAACGAAUGCCUCGAAAGGUCCAAAUGAGUAUUGCCCUCUUCAUUUGGAUCUGUGGAAUUCACCUGAAUAUCAUGAUCAUCGCCCUAAUCCUCUGGUAUAUCCGCAGACCUAUAGGCAUAUCAUUGCUGUGUGUCUAUCUGACCCUGAUUCUCAUUCCGGUUAGCGAACCCUCGGCUUGGGCGCGAUCCCUCACCAGGUUCGUUUGCUCCACGGUUGUUCAGUACUUUCCUAUCAAGGUGAAGAUCGCUGAAAAUGCGUCAUUCGAUCCCAAUCGAGCGUACGUGAUCGGUCUCGAGCCGCACUCGGUCCUACCGCUAGCCACCGUAGCGCUAAGUCCUGUUCUGCGCAACAGUCCUGUUCCAAAAAUCAGACUCUUGGGGACGUCCAUGCUCAAGUAUGUCCCGAUUAUCCGACAUGUAUGGACCUGGAUGGGGGUCCACGACGUCUCUCGCGAGACCUUUGUGAAACUGCUUUCCGAUGGGUAUUCCUGCACGUUGGUCCCGGGAGGCGUGCAAGAGUGCCUUUACAUGGAGAAGGGCAAGGAGGUGAUCUUCCUUAGGGCACGCCGCGGAUUCCUCCGGAUCGCGAUUUCGACAGGCUCGCCGGUGGUACCCGCGUACUGCUUCCGGCAGAGCUACGCUUUCUCAUUUUGGGCACCGAAAGCAAAGUGGUUUCAACGGCUCGCAAGAGCUAUACAUUAUGUACCUAUGAUUUACUGGGGAGUUAUGUGUUCACCUAUUCCAUGGCCAGGUGAAAUGCUUGUUGUCGUAGGGAAGCCGAUCGAAGUACCGCACGUAAAGGACCCAACACCGGACCAGGUAUUGGCUGUCCAGACAAAAUUCAUCAAGGCGAUGGAAGACCUUUACGAGGAGUACAAACGUGAAGGCAGAAUGGGCGAUGUUCCUUUAGUCGUGAUGUAAGUGUUUGUGGUUGUUGUUGUUGUUGCUGCUGAGUUAACCUCCUCGAAAGGAUGUUGUAGGAUUAGGUUUCUGCAGAAGGACUCGAUACCAGACGAGAUAUCCGAUGCCGAGAUGGAAUUCAUAAAGGGGACGGAAGACCUUUAUGAGGAGUACAAACAUGAAGGGAUGACUGGUGUUCCUUUAGUUGUGAUGUAAGCGGGGUGGUUGUUGCGAAAUCGACCUUCUCUAAAGGGUGUUUUGUAAGAUUAGCAGUGCAUUUUUGGUAAAAGGUCCCCAGUACUCGUGUACCCAGGUGCGGUUAGCGCUUAGCAAUUAGCAUUCUACUAGAAUCCUAGUGUGAGUGGUUGCCUCAAACCACUAGUACACGGCUCCCACCUUGCAGUCGGGAACUUGUCGCCGCAAGAAAAUGAGGCGAGGCCAAAAUGUCAAACGCUAGGCUCGCCGUUGAUAAAUUCGAUCGGCGGUCGCGUUUUCAUUUCGCGCCUCCAGAAUUUUAUGUUUCAGGCCCGCGGCCCAGGUGCCCAUGUACUGGUGCCUUAACAUCCAGGUACUCAAGUGAGGUUAGUGUUCAGAUUUACUGCUGCUGAGCAAGGUCGAAAGUUACCUCCGUAGUUAGUCGCCCGUUAUAUGAAGAUUAGCAGCAGAGAGUCGAGCGGCUGAGAAGGAAGAUGUGCCAAGGAUGUGACAACGAGUCCAUACGUCAAUCUCCAACACGUUGUCGGUUCAAGCUUAGUGAUGCCUUCCCUUCGUAGCCUCCCUCGUUUGGCAAAUCUGCUUGCCGGGGUGCUCUCAACCUUCAUGAUCCAGACCCAUGGCUUCUCUCUCUCUCUCUCUCUCUCUCUCUCUCUCUCUCUCUCUCUCUCUCUCUCAUUGCUGCUGUUCUUUGCUAUGCUAUGGAGGUAUACCGACGAGAUUAUGCUUGGUGCGAUGUGUGACCUCUUAUAGUUUCUGGGGUAAAUAAGUUUACCCUGAGGUAAAAAGAGUUGGGUGUCAGGUAAUGCGUGGCCAAUUCAUCCCAUUUUUGCUGACCCUUUAUUUUCCAAGGUUUCCUUGCCAGAGCCCCAUUGUUUUUGUGUGCCUGGCAUUGUGUAUACUAAGAGGUUGGUGCAUAACUGCAGUGUCGCAAGU